AUGGCCACACCGAUCACGGAGCAGCAAGUGGUGGCGACGUACAAAAGUCUGCGGGCUGAGGUGCGGCAGCUGGGCGAGAAGAUCGCUGAGCUGGAGGCAGAGUCGACCGAGCACGACCGAGUGAUCCAGACGCUGAAGGAGCUGCCGAAGGAUCGCAAGGCGUAUCGCAUGGUGGGUGGCGUGCUGGUCGAGCGGACGGUCGAAGAGGUGUUGCCAGCGGUGGCGUCCAAUCGGGACGGCAUUGCACAGGUGCUGGCACAGCUGAACGACAGCAUAAAGCAGAAGGAGAAGGCGGCCGACGAGUGGCAGCGGAAGUACAACAUUCAGGUCCAGCAGUGA